AAGUUGCAAUUGUGAACAACUGUAAGAAAAUAUAUUUAAUCCUAUUAAACGUUCAAGACUAAAUAUUAUGAUAAAAGGUAAUUUUCUCAAUGGGGAACCCUGUUGGACCACUUGCUACAGUAUGUCUCCUUGUACCCUACUUCUGCAGACAUGUAUUUCUGAAUGACUUUUUAAAGGCUAGCAUUUGAUUGUCAUUGUUUGCACAUUUAAAGUAUUGAUUAAAAUCCAAGUAAUGCUAAAUAUAUUUAAGUUUGAAACUAAGUAAGUUAGCGAAUACCUAGAUAAUUUCUCGCCUUGACCUUCGGCCUUGACAUGAGCAGCUGUGAAGGCUAGUAUCUUUCACUCUUGAUUUAUACACGCUAUAAAGUGGAUUUCAUGUGAGUUUAAACUUUUCUUUGUCCCUCUUCUUAUUUAUUUUUUUCACUGAGAAACACAAAGCAAUGCACACCUGGAGCAGAUACACAUUCAAAACUUGGCUGCAUCAGGUGACAAAAGUCACAUUAACCUGCAUCAGCACUGAUAUUACUGAGAACUCAACACAUGUCUCUGAGUGUAUAAGAGCUGCUCUACAUGAAAGAGACCUACAGUAGAGAUCAUUCCCAGAACAGGAGAAUAUGAGACUCUAUCUAGCAGUCUUUGCGCUCUUGGCCGCAGUUCACUGCGAGGAGCUCAUUAAUGGAGACCAAGUUCUCAGAAUCAAUGCAGAAUCUGAAGACCACAUUCAGAUUUUGAAAAUGCUGGAAAGAGACGUGGAUUCUGGGCUGGAUUUCUGGACUCAUGGCUUCUCAACUGAACGGCCUGUUGACAUCCGUGUGCCUCACUCCAGUCUGCAUGCUGUCAAGGACUUCCUCAAGAAAAACAACAUCCCUUUCACUGUCAUGAUCAACAAUGUGCAGGAACUUUUGGUCAGAGAGAGAGAAGAAAUGGCUCGCAAUGCAGAAGUGGAACGCCAGACCAAGGGUUUUGACUUUGCUGCUUAUCAUGACCUGGAGACUAUUUACAAUUUUAUGGACACCCUUGUUGCAAGUCACUCUAACCUGAUCUCUAAAGUGAAUAUUGGCAGCACUUAUGAGAACCGUCCCAUGUAUGUCUUGAAGUUCAGCACUGGUGGAGAGAAAAGACCUGCAAUCUGGAUUGAUGCUGGAAUCCAUGCGAGGGAGUGGAUUUCUCAUGCGACUGCAGUGUGGCUUGCUGACAGGAUUGCCACAGACUUUAAGGAAAACCGUGCCCCUGUGCCCAGUAUCCUUAGUAAAAUGGAUAUUUACUUGAUGAUUGUGGCCAAUCCUGAUGGAUAUGUCUUCACUCACCGCUCUCCCAAUGAGUUUUACCGUUUGUGGCGUAAGAGCCGGUCUGCGACCUCUAACCCCAAAUGCCAAGGUGUCGACCUCAACAGAAACUGGGAUGCUGAAUUUGGUGGUACAUUCAUAUUGUUGUUUUCUCUUGUUGCAACAGAUCCGAAUGGCUUUGCUUUAUUAAAUGUGCCUACAUUUUCUCUAGGUCCUGGAGCAAGUGAUGACCCCUGCGCUGAAGACUACCGGGGUCCUUCUGCUCAAUCUGAGAUUGAAGUGAAAAACAUUGCAGAUUUCAUCAUGAGCCACGGCAACUUCAAAUCCUUCAUGACCCUUCACUCUUAUAAGCAGCUCUUAAUGUAUCCGUAUGGCUACAGUGGCACAGAUGCUCCUGACCGGACUGAACUGCAUGACGUGGCCUCACAGGCAAGCAAAGCCCUCAAUUCCUGGCAUGGCACCGUUUAUAAAGUUGGAAGCAUCUUCCACAUUAUUGAACCAGCUAGUGGUGCAAGUGUUGACUGGGCUUACCAACGUGGCAUCAAAUAUUCCUUUGCUUUUGAGUUGCGUGACACUGGUGAAUAUGGAUUCCUCCUGCCUGCCAACCAGAUCGUUUCCACUGCAAGGGAGACGUGGUAUGCUCUCAGAUACAUUAUGCAGUAUGUUUGUGAUCACCCUUACUGAGAGAAAUGUAAUGAAGCUUCAAUAAAGGUCACAGAGAAUGCUAUGAAACAUGUGUCAUUUGAUAUAUUGCGCUUCAGCAUUGUCCAUAAUGCCUUGAUUCAAUUUUGACAGAGGUCAGAGUUUGUAUCCAGUCCUUUAUCGUUAUUCACAAUGCAAACAAAGUCCUCAAAUCUAUUUUGUGAUGGUUAGUGUUCAAAUUUGUACAAUAACUUUUAUAGCAGUUGACAUUUAAAAAAAAAAUCACAGUAUUUUUGGGGUCAAAUCUGCUGAGUUUUGUCUUGUUCAACCUCAACAGUCUUUAUGGCAGCCAUUAUAAGGUUAGCUAUACCUAUUAACUUAUAAGAAGUGUUAUAAGACGAGCAAGUUUUCACAUUAAUAUCUUAAGUGAUUGUGCAUCACUGGUGUGAUUCCCUUCUCCUUCUCAGGGGAGAGUGGGUUUUGCAAUGUGUUUUUACAAGCAUAUGUGGACCCUGGACCACAAAACCAGUCUUAAGUCGCUGGGGUAUAUUUGUAGCAAUAGCCAAAAAUAUACACUGUAUGGGUCAAAAUGAUAGAUUUUUCUUUUAUGCCAAAAAUCAUUAGUAUAUUAAGUAAAGAUCAUAUUUCAUGAAGAUAUUUUGUAAAUUUACUACUGUAAAUAAAUCAAAACGUCGUUUUUGAUUAGUAAUAUGCAUUGCUAAGAAUUCAUUUGGACAACUUUAAAGGCAAUUUUCUCAAUAUUUAGAUUUUUUUGCACCCUCAGAUUCCAGAUUUUCAAAUAGUUAUAUCUCGGCCAUAUUGUCCUAUCAUAACAAACCACAAUGGAAAGCUUAUUUAUUCAGCUUUCAGAUGAUGUAUAAAUCUCAAUUUUGAAAAAUUUACACUUAAGACUGGUUUUGUGGUCCAGGGUCACAUACAGUGGUGUGAAAAAGUGUUGGCCCCCUU